UGAAUUAUUGUAAAAAAUCAAUAAACAAUGGCAUGAAUACGGUGCCGUUUAAGAGCACACAAAAAAUCCAUAAACAAGAGUUCAUUUCCGUGAUCAGAUCAGAUCCGUAUCCCCCUUAUUCACAAUCAUCAGACAGACGAGAUCAGCCCUUUAAAUCAGCGAGAAUGAAGGUAACAAUGAUGAUGGUGAUGAUGGUUUUAGCAAUUUCUGUUUAUUUGGAUUCAGCUUCAGCAGCUUCUUCUGUUGGUGAGUUUGUUGACAAGACCAUUAAUAACAACAAGAUCGCCAUCUUUUCCAAGACAUAUUGUCCGUACUGUAGAAGAGCAAAAGCUGUUUUCAAAGAGUUGAACCAAGUGCCUUAUGUUGUGGAGCUUGACGAGAGAGAUGAUGGUUCAAAGAUUCAGGAUGUUUUGGUUAAUAUUGUCGGGAAGCGUACUGUGCCACAAGUUUUCAUCAAUGGAAAACACCUUGGAGGAUCAGAUGAAACCGUUGAAGCGUAUGAGAGUGGGCUUCUGGCUAAACUUCUAGGAAUUGAGACCGUGGAUCAUGAUGAUCUCUGAGUCGGAUUAUUGAUGAGGGGAAACUCUUUUGCAACGCUGUGAUUCUACUCUGUGACUAUGAAUGAGUCUUUACAUAUAAAGGACAUGAUAAGAUUACAUUUUUUCACUGCUAAAGCUUUAAUUUAUAAAAUGUAAUGGAUAGCUUUAAUCUAUAAAAUGCCAUGUUAGUUUUCCAGCUACUUUUUAAUGGACAUUUUCAGGCAGGUUCCUCAUUUUUCGA